AUGAGUCCAUCAGUGCACGAUGUCGAAUCGCCUUCCACCAGCAGUCGACAACGCCAGUCCAAAAAAGACCAAGCGAUACGUAAAAAAAUCGAGCAGGAACUGUCAAAAAAACGGAAUUACGGUACACGGGUCCGACAGACCAAGAAAAUUGCCGGCACAGUAUCCGCUCUGCGACCAUCCCAAGCAUUGACAAUGAAAGGAAGCGUUCUUGUUGUUGAAGCUGCACAGUUGAUGGCCGCAAAGCGGAACGACUGUGUGUUGGUGGUGGAUGAAGAGGACCAUUUGAGCGGUAUAUUUACGGCAAAGGAUCUGGCGUAUCGCGUGGUUGCAAAUCAUUUGGAUGCUAGAUCCACAGCAGUAUCUGCUAUUAUGACACGCGGCCCGAUGUGUGUAACAGCCGAUACAUCCGCACAAGAUGCGUUGAGCCUGAUGGUUACCCGUGGCUUCCGACAUCUGCCUGUAUGCAACGAAGAAGGAGAUAUCUUUGGCCUAUUAGAUAUCACCAAAUGUUUAUACGAAGCGUUGAAAAAGAUGGAACGUGCAUACGACUCGUCACGGAAGCUCUACGACGCAUUGGAGAGUGUUGAGCGCGAGUGGGCCAAAAACAGCCCUGCCGAAAUUGUACACCAUAUGGAUGCAUUACGGGUAAAGAUGUCUUGCCCAGACCUUACCACAGUAUUGGUUGACAACAACAACAACAACAACAAUAACUACCCUCAUGCAGCUGUUCAGGUGUCUGUCAAAGCACAUGUCCGCGACGUUGCUAAGCUGAUGAAAGCACAUCGGACAACGGCGGUGCUUGUCAUGGACCACGGUGGCCUUGCAGGCAUUUUCACUACUAAAGAUAUAGUGCUUCGAGUGAUUGCAGCAGGGCUUGUGCCGGAUAAUUGCUCAGUGAUUCGAGUCAUGACUCCGCAUCCGGACACUGCAACUACAUCCACUAGCAUUCUAGAAGCCCUGAAAAAGAUGCAUGAUGGCCAUUACCUAAAUCUACCAGUCUUGGACGACAAUCGAAAUAUUUGUGGCCUUGUGGAUGUCCUCCGGCUGACUUAUGCAACCCUUGAGCAGGUAAUUAAAUAG